AAGAGCCAAUUCUGCUCCAUUUAUCAGCUUUAUAACAGCCCCAUGAAUAAUUAGCGGAUUAUUAUUCAAAUAACUUACUGCUUUUUGCAUAUUGUGUUAAGUUCCUACAUGUCUCAUAUAGACAGCUACAUAGAUUUUGGUCUGAAACAGUGAAGAGUGGGGCUUUAUAUAACUAGGUGGACACAGGCCUUUCUGAAAACCAUCCAGGCAAGAGAAUUCACCUCACACUGGGAGACUGGGAGUUCUUGAAGAUGACGAAAUUCACAUUAAAAAACCCUUCCGUGUUCUAUGCCACAAAGGGGGUAAAUGUGAAGUCAGGCUUUCCUAAAGGACUGUAAUUACAAUGGGUCCCAGACACAGCAGAAGAGCGGCCGCCUACCGCGGAGAAACUUUUUGCUGUAAUUUGAUCAUUUGGCAGCGCUGCUCGUGCAGGCUCUCCUUUAAGCGAUGGGGGUAGCGGAACUUUUCGGAAGAUGAUCAACAUUGUACGUCGUAGCGACUGCCACAUCAUUCAGUUUAUGGACAGCAAAAUGCUCACGGUUUUAAUACUUUUAAGCUCACUGGCGACAUGCUUGAGCGUCCCAAGAAGAUGUUCUCCUGAAGAAGCAGCAAUAGGAAGAUGCAGAACACCUGCAGAAGAGAGGCCACAGUGUAUGGAGAUGGUGCUUGGUUACUGUCAGGAUGUGCCCUACAGCCACACCAUAUUCCCCAACAUCGUGGGCCAUCGUUCACGGCAGGAUUUAGAGAUGGGUGCAGAGUACCUGCUCUUGAGCGUGAUCCAUGGCUUGCUGAAUGGAGAAUGUUCUCCAGACAUCCGUCUGUUGGGCUGCUCAGUGUUGGCUCCCCGUUGUCAAGACAACAAGUUAAUGAAGCCGUGCCGCAGCUCGUGUGAAAUGGUGAAAAAGAGCUGUAUUCAUGCCUUUGAUGCCAUCCAAAUGGCAUGGCCUUACUUUCUGGACUGCGACCGAUUCUUUGUUGGCGAUGAGGAGGGCUGUUAUGAUCCAUUGUCAGAGUUAAGAGAAAAGCAGGAUGUGGCCAUUGCCAAUAUAUCUGAUGGUGGUAUUUUCACUGUCAUUCAGUUCACUUACCACACCAACACUCAAAUGUCCAGCAUCCUGAAAAAGACAGCAUCAAAAUGCUCUCAUAUCUCACAAACAUAUAGCAUUGGGCGCAGUGUGGAAGGAAAAGACUUACUGGCUAUUGAAUUCUCCAAUAACCCUGGACAACAUGACCUAUUGGAGCCAGAGAUAAAAUUAAUUGGGAACAUGCAUGGAAACGAGGUUCUCGGCCGGCAGCUGCUGAUUUACCUGGCUCAGUAUCUGUGUUCUGAGUAUCUGCUGGGCAAUGAGCGAAUUCAGACCAUCAUCAACACCACACGCAUCCAUAUCCUACCCUCCAUGAAUCCUGACGGCUAUGAGAUUGCCGCUUCUGAGGUAGCCGAUAGGAACGACCCCGAAAACAUCAACCAGGAAGGUCAUCAGUACAACGGGUGGACCAGCGGUCGGGCCAAUGCACAGAAUCUCGAUCUGAACCGCAACUUCCCUGACCUCACCUCCAUCUUCUACAAUCGCCGUCGCUUCAGACAUUUCCGUAAUAACCACAUCCCAAUCCCUGAGUCCUACUGGUCAAAUAAGGUAAUUGCACCAGAGACCUAUGCUGUAAUGAAGUGGAUAAGAGCCCAUCCUUUCGUUAUAUCUGCCAGUCUUCAUGGUGGAGAACUGGUCAUCUCAUACCCUUUUGACUUCUCUAGACACCCACAAGAAGAAAGGAUGUACUCCCCCACACCAGAUGAACAAAUUUUUAAGCAGUUGGCUAGGACGUAUGCAGAUGCCCAUGCCACUAUGUCCAACAAUGACACAGAGCGAUGUGGAGCCUCAUUUGCCAAUAAAGGAGGGAUAACCAAUGGAGCCCAGUGGUAUAGUUUUGCUGGAGGUAUGUCAGACUUUAACUACCUGCACAGUAACUGUUAUGAGAUCACUGUGGAGCUGGGCUGUGAUAAAUUCCCCUCUGAAGUGGAGCUCUAUCCUGAGUGGCUCAGGAAUAAGGAGGCACUACUCAGCUUUAUGGAGUUUGUCCACAGAGGUAUAAAGGGCAUUGUGAAGGAUGAACAUGGAAAUGGCAUAAAAGGAGCUACGAUAUCUGUCAGAGGGAUGCGACAUGACAUCACUACAGCUGAGGAUGGUGAUUACUGGAGACUGUUGAAUCCAGGUGUCCACAUUGUGACUGCUGCUGCCUCCGGCUACACUAAAGUAUCUAAGCGCAUUCGUCUGCCAAGGAACAUACAUGUGGGCCGGGUGGACUUUGUGCUGAAGAAGGUCCCACGAGAUCCUUCUCUUGACUACUUCAACAUCCCUGAGCUGGACAGCUAUGACCAUUUUGACCCAUUUAAUCAGUUUGAGCAGUCCAGCCAGAGGGAGCUGAGUGAGAAUGGGGAGGAGAGGACUGAGAAGCCCUGGUGGUGGUCUUAUUUCAGCCAGUUAGGCAUAUCUGCACCUACCUGGCUCCUACGGAACUACUAGGGACCCUCCGGACACCACUGUAGAGCAACCUGAUACCUAACUGUUUGCACCCAGGCCUUACUUGAUGAUGGUCAUUAUGAUGAUAACAUUAUCUCCUUAUGACAUGCAAAAUGUGCAGCUAACCACUGGGUAUGGUAAAGGCUUUACUGCUAUUCCAUUUUAUAGACUACCAUCAAAAGUUUGGAAUAAGUACUUUUUUUUUAAGAAGUCUCUUAUGUACACCAAGGUUGCAUUUAUUUGAUCAAAAAAUAUGAAAAUCUGGAACCUGAGGGUGCAAAAAAAUAAAAAUAUUGAGAA